GGUGUUGCGAUACAGUAGUCAAUUACUAGGAGCUGAAGACAAGUGCUUCGAGAAAUUAACACAAGGAUUAGUAGUCGAUCGGUCGGUGCCAUUAGCUGGCUAAGGAACUAGAAGUAGUAGCUGAGAUUUGAGAAGGCAAGAUGUUUUGCCUGGGCCGGCGUCUGUUCCCGUUCCUGUUGGGCACGGCGGUGGGCGCGUACGUUGCGCAGAACUACAAGGUGCCAAACCUCCGCGGCCUCGCCGAGCGCGGCGUCCACGACGCCAGGCGCUACGAGGAGGCCUACCGCAAGAAGACGCCGGGCUGCGGCGGCGGUUCUGAUGACGCCGGCGGCGCUGCUGCUGGGUCGUCGACCGGCGGCGGCAGGAAGAAGAAGGCCGCCGUCGCGCGGGUCGACAUGGACGACGACGACGAGUAGAGGUAGCUUGUGAUCGAACCUCAAGAGUAUGUGUCUCAGCAACCCAGCAUCACCCCAACUGCGCGCUCGGGGACGGACGAUGCUUUGUAUCAGGUUUCGUUAACAUGGUACGGCUAGUAUCGUUCCAAAUUGUAGAUCAUUUUAAUUUAUAAUAAUAUAUAUGAAUAAAAAAUUAAAAUGAUUUAUAAUUUAGAACGGAAGAAGUAUUUCUGUAUAUACUGGUGGGUUUUAUAUGUGUGUAUAAAUUGGUCCAAUAAUUAUAUGUAAGCAUUCUGCGUUCAUGCGCCUAGUUGAUUUGUUCUCAGACAGAUUCAAUCUUCUUUCGGAGAAGGGAGCUGGGAGUGUUGAC